CAGAAAACGUCUCUCCCUCUCCCUCUCUACUCUCUCUCCUCUGCUUUUUCUCCCUCUGUACGUAGCCAAGGCGCUAGAGAUAGCUAGAAAUUCCUCAAGUUUAUGGUGAGGCAGAGUCGGAAGAAAAUAGAACAGAUCAAAGAAGACGAACCUAUGAAGGUGUGUCCUUAUGUCUUCAGGUUGAAUAAAUCUUCUGGGAAUAGCAAAAAGAGAUCGAAGCCUAAGAUUAUCUAUCUUCUUCUCUUCUCUCUUAUCUCAAGUUGCUUCGUCUUUGCUCCUCACCUCUUUUAUUUCCCUUACCCCUCUGCUCUGUGUCUCAUCGAUUCUUCAAUCAAAGAGAUUGAAGACCAGGUUUCCCAGACCAAUACAGAACCUCCCAAACCGUCGAUAAUUGAAGAGAGCAUAUUAUGUGACAGAGCUGGUUAUCGUUCCGACAUCUGUUUCAUGAAAGGCGACAUCAGAACACAUUCUCCUUCUUCCUCCAUCUUCCUCUUUACCUCGAAUGAUAUCAUCACCGAUCAUGUCAUGCAAGAACAAAUCAAACCAUACACCAGAAAAUGGGAAACUAGCAUAAUGGAAACCAUACGGGAAGUCAAACUUGUGACAAAAGAUGUGAAGAAGCUUUUCGGAGAUAAGCAUAGCUGCCAAGUGAUCCAUGAAGUACCCGCCGUGUUAUUCUCUACCGGAGGAUAUACCGGAAACCUCUAUCAUGAGUUCAACGACGGGCUUAUUCCUUUGUAUAUUACAUCUAAACGUUUCAACAAAAAGGUUAUCUUUGUGAUUUCGGAGUAUCACAAGUGGUGGGAGAUGAAGUAUGGAGAUGUUCUCUCUCAGCUCUCUGAUUAUCCUCUUAUUGAUUUCACCAAAGACAAGAGAACUCACUGCUUCAAAGAAGCAAUUGUUGGUCUUAGAAUCCAUGGUGAGUUAUCUGUGGAUCCUUCUCUGGUGCAAGAUGAUACAACAACCAUCAAUGAGUUCAGGAACCUACUUGAUCGAGCUUACAGACCCCGAAUCAACAGGCUGGAAAGCACAGAGGAGCAUCGGUUCCACUCAAAAGCAGCAAAGAGAAGAAGAAUGGCUAAUAGACCAAAACUAGUCUUGUUUUCAAGAACCGGGUCUCGAGCGAUAACAAACGAGGAUCUGAUGGUGAAGUUGGCUCAGAGGAUCGGGUUUCAAGUCGAGGUUCUGAGACCUGACAGAAAAACGGAACUGGCAAAGAUUUACAAAGUGGUUAACUCAAGCCAUGUUAUGGUUGGGGUACAUGGUGCAGCCAUGACUCAUUUUCUGUUCAUGAAACCUGGAAGUGUCUUUAUUCAAAUCAUUCCAUUGGGGACAGAUUGGGCAGCAGAGACAUAUUAUGGAGAACCGGCAAAGAAGCUCGGUCUAGACUACAUUGGUUAUAAGAUUCUUCAAAGAGAGAGCUCACUGUAUGACAAAUAUGAUAAAAAUGAUCCGGUUUUAAGAGACCCAAACAGCAUCACUCAGAAAGGAUGGCAAUUCACAAAGGGGAUAUACUUAACCAACCAGCAAGUGAGGUUAGAUCUCCGGAGAUUCAAGAAGAUUUUGAUUGAUGCAUAUUCAAAAUCGAUUAGCUGACCUGUAAUGGUUUUUACAAGUUGUUGUUGUAACUGUAUAGUCCGCACAACUACAAAAAUACAGAAUUUUUUGUAAAGAUUUAAAACGAAACCGUGACAUAAAUGAAUUCAAUGUUUCAGAGACACAAACA